AUGGAACUUAAAAAUUUGGUCAUAAUUAUUGGAGGAGGAUGGAGUGAAAUUGGAGUUGCUGGUUCAUUAGUGUACAACAGAGGUGGUCAUUCCUCUACAGAAAUAUCAAUUCAAUUAACAGAUGCUGGAUUUCAUGUCACUAUUGUACAUCGUGGUGGGCAGUACUUUAUGAGACAAUACGCUUGGACACCUUACCUAUCAAAUCAAACAAUUGAAAAACCUCUACAAUAUUGGGGAUAUUCGAUGGCAGAUGAAAAAUUUUCCGAAAAACUCUAUUAUUUUAAUAAUGAAACUCAUUUGACAAUACCUCUAUUAAGACCUGCUUCUUUUAUAAUUUCAAAUAAGAAAAUAUUUAUUGAUGAUGCUCAUUUCUUUGAUUUACUUCAAAAAAAGUCCAUUGAAAUUAAAGGAAGUGUUAGAGAAAUUAUUGAGAAAGGGAUUAUAUUUGAAAACAAAGCAGAAAUUCAAGAGUUUGAUGGGAUAAUUUUAUGCACUGGAUUUUCGCAUGGUCGGGAACAAUUCUUCGAUGAUGCAAGUCAAUAUUAA